UAUAUAUAUUCUUAACCCGAGACGAUUUCUUUCUUCAUAUAAUGUUUUUUAAUAUCUUCUUUAAAAAGCCCUUAAAUAAUCUCCUAAAAAUUAGAUCUUUUUCCUCUAAAUCUUUAGAUUCCUCUUCAGAACUUAAAAGCCCUGAUAGCCGUUCUAAUAAAAGAAGAUUUAAGACAAUAAAAGAUGGUAAAAAUAUAGAAAAACAUAUAAACGAAUAUAGAUUUGAUGAUAUUACAUCAUUAGCACAUGAUUAUCUUGAUGAACAUAGAGAAAUUAGAGAAUAUUAUCGCAAAAUAGCUUGGGAACUUCCUACAUUAACAAAAUUUUCAAUGAAAUAUAAAGUUCCUGGAAAAGAGGAUAUUUUAAAAUUUAGAUAUACAACAUAUCUUGGAGAAAAGCAUCCAGCAGAAUCAAAAGUGACGAUGGAGGUGUUAUUAGAUAGUCUUAAUCUUAGUAUGACGGAGCGUCAUAAAUUGAUUGUACUUUCAGGACCGAGAUAUAACCCUUUAACAGGAGUAUUAAAGCUUAGUUGUGAAUUAUUUGCAGAAAGAGAUAAAAAUAAAAAACAUUUAAAUGAACAAUUGAAGAGACUUAUUAAAGAAGCAAAGGAUUUAAAAGAUACGUUUGAAGAUAUUCCUCAGGACUUUAGACAUGUUAAAUCGAAAAAAAAUAUAACUUUUCCUAAAGAAUGGAUUAAAUGAACAAGAAGAUGUUAUAAUAUAGGAUAAUAUGUAUAUUAGAAGUAUAU